UGCAGGCCUAAUCGAGUAGUAAUAGUGAGUCUCCUCUUCCUCAUUUUUCUUCAACUCUGUCUUCUGUUUACACGUUUUCUCAUCUCUUUCUCCUUCUUUUCAUCAGAGAAACAGAGAGAGAGAGAGAGAGAGAGAGAGGAGAUGGCACUGGUUCAGCAAAGAUCAUCAUGCAGGUCUGCAGUGGUUAUACAAGUAACAUUAGGGGUUUUAGCACUCUGCUUAGCAGGUUACAUAGUGGGUCCCCCUCUUUACUGGCAUUUCAUGGAAGGUGUUGCUGCCAUUACACGUUCCUCACCUUCUUCUUAUACUUAUUCAUCAUGCCCUCCUUGUCAUUGUGAUGAUUGUUCUUCUCAACCCCUUGUUUCUAUUCCCCAAGGGCUCAGCAACAGUUCAUUUACAGAUUGUGCAAAGCAUGAUCCCUCAGUUAGUGAAGACACGGAAAAGAAUUUUGCAGAUCUUCUCUCUGAAGAAUUAAAGCUACGGGAAGCUGAAUCUACAGAAAGUCAGCAGCGUGCAGACAUGGCCCUACUUGAGGCCAAAAAGUUAACAUCCCAAUAUCAAAAGGAAGCAGACAAGUGUAAUUCCGGCAUGGAAACAUGUGAAGAAGCCAGGGCAAAGUCUGAAGCUGCUUUAUUGGAACAAAAGAAACUGAGUUCAAUGUGGGAGCAGAGAGCUCGUCAAAAAGGCUGGAAGGAGGGCGCUGCCAAGUCAGGCACCCAAGCUCAAGGAAAAGUGCAAUCUAUAUGAAACACUUACAUCCUGCACAUAGAAAUGCUGGAGUUUGGUAAUAUUCAGCGUUAUUAUCAAAUUCCUGGCUCAAAGUACACAUGCUUCUUUGCUACAAGUUAAUACUGUUUACAGCAUAGAGGCCUCUUCCACGGUUUUCUGAUUCGGACAGGACAUUCUGUGCAAAGAAGCGCAGGUUGCUAUUAAUUUUCUCUUCUACAGCCUCUUGUUUGAGAGACCUCAUUUUAUGUUUUGUCUAUACCCAAAUGAGAACUUAAGAUUCAAUUGACUUGAUUUAAAACGAGUUAUAAUUUUGCUGAAUAUAUUAAUGAAUGACAACUAUUACAAUGUA